GGGAGUUGGCCGCGUGGCCCUAGAUCUAAUACAUCACGCCUUUCACUCUCUCUCGAAGAAUCAGCAGUUCACAGCACAACUCUGCUGUACCCAGUAUAUCUCGCUUCUCUUACCCACGUAAAGACUUUAGACCUUGAAAAUACCUGAAAAAUCAAAGUAGCACCAUGGCAGACGAAAGGGAACUCAAGAUAAAAGCUAAAAAGAUGGAGGAAAAUGCUAAAACACCCAUAGAGAAGCUCCAUGCUGCCAUGGCAGGCCGAGGUACCUGUGGUAUCAAGAUGUUUGGCAGAGCCUUCAGAAUUUUUGAUGAUGAUGGAAACAGAGCUCUAAACAUUGAUGAAUUCAGAAAAGGAAUGCAGGACUUUGGCACAAAAUUAACUGAUGAUGAAGUCAAACAACUUUUUGCUCAGUUCGAUAAAGAUGGAAGCGGAAGCCUUGACUUUGAAGAGUUUCUGAGAGCUGUCAGGCCUUCAAUGUCGAAAAACCGUGUAGAGAUCAUCAUGAAGGCCUUUCAUAAGAUGGACACAACAGGCGAUGGGGUAAUCACAAUAGCUGAUUUGAAAAAAGUUUACAAUGCUCGACAAGAUAAGAGGUAUCAGAGCGGUGAAAUGACAGAGGCUGAAGUCUUUCAGAAAUUCCUUGCUACAUUUGAGCCUGAUCCCGCCAAGAGAGAUGGAAAGGUCACCAAGGAAGAGUUCUUGGAUUAUUACAAUGGAGUCAGCGUGUCCAUUGAUGACGAUGCUUACUUCGACCUCAUGAUGCGUCAGGCUUGGAAACUGUAGUUAUGCCUUAAGUUCUUCCUUGUUAUUCUUAAGGAUAGGCUAACUUUUUUGUUCACACAUAGCAUAUAUGUAUUAUUUCUUUUUGUCUUUUUUUUUUAUAAUCCCCUAAAUAACUUUUACUAAAUGCCUUUUAUCAUUGCUUUUUAUCACACAAACCCUGAAGUAUGAGUAAGGUUCUCACCUACCUAAAUUGGAAUAAAUGUAACUUUUCAAGAAAAGCUUGAAAAAAUUGUCUAUAUUGCAACAUUGAUUGGACAAAAUCAAGCAACGUACGCAAUUUAUUACUUAUUUCUGUUCACUCCACAUAAGCAGGAAAAAAGGGAUUUGUAUUGUCUGUAAUAAGAAACAUUUUUUUAAUGUAUUUGUAAUAGAUCUCAUUCAGAAGUUUCUAUUGUAUUUCCCUGAAUAAUCUCUAGAAGGAAAUUCAAUUGAAAUAAUAAAACUGUUAACGUAUUA